AUGAAAUCUUUUUUUAAAUUGCAAAAUUAAAUUAAACAUUUAUAAAAUGAGCUUCUUAAAAAUAAUUAUUAUAUCUAAUACUCUUAAAUUCAAAUUAAAUAAUUAAAUACUGAAAAUUAAGCUUUAUAAAUUUUAAACUUAUAAAAUUUCGAAAAGCUUCAAGGAAUUAUGUUACUUUCAGAAAAGUUAAAGAAAGUUUGAUGAAUGAGUAUGAAAAAGAUUUUAGCGAUACAAAAAUAUCUCAUAUUUCUAAUAAUGUAUAACUACAACAGAAACAAGAAAGACUAAUUAAUACUAGUUUUUGGAAUCAAAAAUCAAAUAAUUUAUAAAAAUAUAAAAAAACUUUUUGAUUAAAAUACCAACCAAUCACAUUCUUUAAAGAGAAUAUAAUAAAAUUUAUAAGUAAAUUUAAUAACUCUUUGUAACAAUUGAAUUGACCAAUUAUGCUUUCAUUCUUAGAGUUAAGACAAAAAAAUAUAAAAACUCAAGAAGGAAUUAAUUUAUCUUGAAUAAUUUUGGUAAUCCUCUUUAAAUAAUACAAAUAAUUAUAUCCUAAAAUAUUCAAUUACCAAUUCUGAUAAAUUAAGUUACUUCUUGA